UGUGAGGCACUUAGCUGUAAGGGAGCGGUUUGUAAGUAAACAAGGUGGAGGGAGAAAGGAAACAUUUGAAAGGGGGAAAAAAAAAAAAAAAAGCACGAAGCUCUCUCUCUCUCCCACUCACAACCGACUUUCUUUCACGGAUGUUUAUAUUCUGUUUCACAAGUUUCAAAUCGCACACGGACACACAUAUUCGUCGAACGGUGUGUGUUGUUGUGGCUGUGGAUGUAUAGAGAGGAUCUUUUUGUUACGUUUAUAUAUAUAUGACACAGACUACGAAAAGUUUUUGCUGACGGAUUUCUAAGAAAGGAGUCUUUUAAUGAAGCCAAGGUUUUGUAGGGAUGCCUUCUAAACAGCAACUCGAUAAAGAAGCUUGGGGUUGGAUUGAGACCACUGAACCUGACCAAGUGACAUUGGAACAUGUGAAAUAUGCCUACCAUAUCAACCUGGAGCCUUGCAAGUUGGGGAGUUGCAAGCGGAACUGUCGUGGCAACCCCUUCUGUCUAAACGGCAUCGGAGAAAGGGUGUGGCUCGGACAGAUAGAUGAGCGCAAAUGGCAUGAUAUCGAAGACCCAAACAAUGAACGACGUCACCCGGAUUCUUUUGUCGGCCUCAAAAACCUUGGAGCAACGUGUUACGUCAAUACAUUCCUACAGCUAUGGUUCCACAACCAACAAGUGAGAAAAGCUGUUUACCAGUGGAGGAGUCGUGAAGAACAACCCCCCAACAGUCCUACAGAUUCUGAUUGGACACCUUCAACAAUUUGUGGUCAUUUACAAUUGAUAUUUGCCCUGUUACAGUUCAGUAAACAAAGGUACAUAGAUCCCAGUAACUUCAUCAAACAUCUUGGUCUUAACACAGCUCAGCAACAGGAUGCCCAAGAGUUCUCCAAGUUGUUCCUGUCUCUGUUGGAGGAAACACUAAUGCAGAGUGACAAUCCCAACAUCAAGAACGUCAUAGAAGAGCAGUUCUCUGGAGAGUAUGCCUACAUCACUUGCUGUAGCCAGUGUGUCGGAAAGUCUAAAACGCCGUCCAAGUUCUACGAGCUGGACCUCAACAUCCGUGGCAGCAAGACCUUGCACGAUUGCUUGGCAGAGUUUUUACACGAAGAGAAACUGGAGGGUGAUAACAAAUACAUGUGUUCGCAUUGCAAAACCAAACAGAAUGCCAUUCGUACCAUCCAACUGCAGAAGUUACCCCCAGUUCUGAAUCUACAGUUGCUUCGGUUUGUUUUCGACAAACAAAAUGGUCAGAAGAAGAAGCUAAAUAACUACAUCCAGUUCCCAGAGGUGCUUGAUAUGACGGAAUAUUUGAAAGAUUCCGGGGCAGAUGGGUCGAAGCCUGUUGUGUAUGAUUUAAGUGCCGUACUCAUUCACCGUGGCAUCAGUGCCUAUAGUGGCCACUAUAUUGCUCACAUCAAGGACCGGACAAGCCAGGCUUGGUAUAAAUUCAAUGAUGAAGAGACGGAGCGUAUGCAAGGCCGGAACCUUCAUCUUGGCAAUGAGGAGGAGGUUCACAUCCAAGAAAGUAGCAGUUCCACCAAUAAAUCUAAAGCUCCACGAUUAACCAAGGGCUACCACUCGUCUCGGAAUGCUUAUAUGUUGGUGUAUAUAAAACGGUUGUCUGAAGACAAGACAGCCAAUAGCUCAGAGUCUGAGAAAGUCAGUGAAGAACUACUGCCCAAACAUGUACGAGACUAUGUUUUGAUGGACAACAAACGGUUUGAGAAUUGGAUCCAGGAAUUGCUAAAUAUGAGGGACCAAAGUGUUGAGAUUGGACGAGAGAGACAAGAGGAAAUUAAAUAUGUAUAUUAUUCACUAGUGCCUAAAGGGAAUGUUCUAAAUAUGUUUGAAUGGCUCAGCUUAGAUUGGUUGUCUCGUUGGUUAACUGACCCUAUCAAAGCACCGUCCAUUAAUAACCAGAGUUUUCUCUGUUGUCACAGCAGGGUAAACCCUAACAAGGUGUCCAAGUUAAAAUUCGUCAGUAGUGAAGGUGCUGCUGCUUUGUUUGCUAAAUUCAUGGGUGGCCCCCGGUUACUAGGGGAGGAGAGUCUGUGUAUGGUAUGUGUACAGAAACAGUGUCAUGUGAUGAGGAUGAAACAGAAGAUGGAGAAAGACAUGAAAUAUAUCACCAACAUUAUGAAAUAUAAUCAUGACACUGCCGAAUGUUACUGGGUCGGUAAGUCCUCAUUCCGAAGAUGGAGAAAGCUGAUGGCAGAGAAACUGGAAGAGGUCAAAAGAUACAACACAGCCGCUACUGCUGCUACUGAGAACAACGAUGGUGGAGGUGGCGGUGGCGGGGACGAAGAGGAUGACAAUGACGACGACGAUGAAGAUGACAAUAGCUCGAAAGGAGGUGGUGACUGUCCGUCUGACAAUUCAAAUAAAUGGUCUGAAGAAACAGGUUUCAACAAUGACCUUCUCUGCAUCCCACACAGAGCUCUUAAUCCCGAAGUUAACUGUCGCCGUCUGGUUCCACGAGAUGUCUGGGAAAUUCUCCGUUCCUAUUUUCCAAAGUGUCCUGAAUUCCAGCGAGAUGUUGCUGUAUGUGCCAAAUGUGUGCUCCAAAGUCAAGUGGAACAACAGAAUAUAGACCAAAAGAAAGAAUGGGCUCUGCAACAGAAGGCUGCCCUUCCCGAUCUUUACCAUGACAGAAACAGACCGAAUGUGCGAAACAUUAAAAGCCAUGUCCAUGUUGUUGGUGUAAACUUUGUCGAAGAAUGGCGCCGGGCUGUGAAAGAUCCUAUACGACGCAGUCCAGUGAUCACAGUUAGAAACUCAGCUCUGAUUUGCGUCCAUGGCGGGAUGUUGUAUGAACCAGAUCUCAAUGCUGUAGCCCUUGCCAGUCAGUGUAUCACCUACCUGUGGCCAGAGGAAUGGACUUUCAUUGAGGCCAGCUGUACAGUUGAUAUAGAGAUUACUGUCCAUAAGGAACCAGCUCAGCCUGAUGAUGGACAGCCUGUCUUUGUCUGUAAACCUGCGGUGUGUCAGGACUGUUUCCUGUCCCGACUACAGCAGGAAGAACAGCAACGCUUUGAGUACACUGGGGCCAAGAUCUACGUCCGGAAGGUGUUGAAGGACUGGCAACAGCUGAAAACCACCAUGGGUUACACCAACCUCUGUACGACCACCACUCCCAAUGCCACACCAACAGUGGCAGCAGCACUAGCAGCAAGAUCUGUUGAUGAUUCCGAUCCAAAGGACCUUGACUUUCAGGCUGGAGGUAAACGUCUCAAAGUUGCCCCAUCAACAGAUGUGACCACCACAAGCACCAACACCGCCAUCAUCACUAAUUCUACUGCAAGCAACACUUCAGCUACCACCACGAAUAACAUUGUUAACAGUAUGGGCACCACCACCACCACUACUACCACCACAACAACAACAAAUACUACUGCUAACACAAGUACCACUAAUACUACUACUGCUACGGCAGCAACAGUGAUUACUACUACUACUAGUUCUACUACUACCACUAGUAGUACAUCAGUACCAGAUGCUUCGUUAUCAUCAUCGUCAUCAUCAUUAUCAUCGUCUUUGUCUUCAUCAGCUUCUUUAUCAUUAUCAUCAUCAUUGCCGGCUGGAGAUGGUGCCAAGGUUACGGCAUCGGUGGAUAAUUCUGUCCGACGGAGCCAUCGUCAUCGCAGAAUGCGGGGUGAGAAAGAGGUGGUCGUCUCGUCCACGGACACACUGAGAGACUUGAAGCUUCAGAUCAUGAAACUGUUUUCUGUGCCUCCGUUUGAUCAGAACCUUCAUUUCAAUGGGACCUGUCUACUGGACGAGACAGCCACCCUAGGUCAACUAAGGAUAUCACCUGGUUGUUUAAUAUUUCUCAAGGCUGAUGAACCUUCUGAAGACCCCAUGGUUGUUGAAGAAAUCUUAACAACCUCAAACUACGGAGAAGAAGGUUUCAAAGGAACUGGCUUGUUGAGUGGAUAGCUCUUGCUGCUGCUGUUAUUGGUUAAUUCUCCUGCUUUCCCCACAAUUCGAUUCUAUCAUUGUAUAAACAACAACUUUGGAGACUCCCAAGGCGAUGAUGGAUAUAUCACAAUUCCUUUCACUGCCCCGCUCCGCCCCUUCUUCUGGCACUACCACCACUCUCCAUUGUGACAUAUCUCACCGACCCCCAUUCUACCCUGCCGCCCCUUCCACUGGACCUUGUGGCAUUACAUGGAAUCCAUUUCAGCAGUCAGUGGAAUUUUUCUGGGUUUUUUUUCUUUUUUUUUUUCAAUUUACUCAGAACUGCAUUAUAGCCACUACAUCACAAAAUCGUUCUAUCAUAAUCACAGCCGCUCUAAUAAUACAUAUGUCAUUGCUGUUACAUAUUACAUUACACUGCACUACAACCGCAGACGUCACACUCCACUACAAGGACAAGGCACCUCGCCAGACCAUGGUACAGUUGGUCACCACCACUAUC